UUAGUUGAAUGUAAAACUUUGAGUUGAUUCGAAUGACGAAUCAGCAAAAGUUUGAAACAAAACCAACAUCGACACCACUAAUCACCCAAAUUAAACCUCUAAUCAAACCCUUUCUCCCAACCAUUUCACAGUAACAUCAAACUCGAGCUCAUCAUCAACUAAGCAAUAGAACAACUUGGACAAUUAAAAAUUUUCAAAACUUUAAUUUAGUUACAGAGUUGUGUACAAAAUCAUCUUUACAAUCAAAACCACGGUCCAACAAUUAGAGACUAAAAGACACUAACAAUGUAUUCACUGCAAAAAUUUAGUUUCCUCACAUUUGCCUGUUUGUUAAUCAUUGUUCCCAUGUUAAGUGAUUAUUACGGGAUAGUUUGUAUUAAACUUGUUAACCUAUUUGUUCCCGAUCGAGCUACUCGUGGGUCAGAUGUUGAAUUGAAGUGUAUCUAUGACUUAGAAAAGGACUCUUUAUAUGUACUUAAAUGGCACUUCAAUGGUCGAGAGUUUUACCGUUAUGCACCAAAAUCAGAAGCAAAAACACAAACAUUUAACGUUACCGGAACAAAAGUAAAUAAAGAUAAAUCAAACCAAGGAAUUGUUGUGCUUAGUAAUGUAAGUUUAAACUCAACUGGUCGUUAUAAAUGUGAAAUUUCAGUUGAAGGAACUUUUCAAACAGUUAUUAAGGAAAAGUAUAUGAAAGUAAGUGCCAAUUUCGGAAAAUCUCUUUGGAACUCAUCUUUAUCAUCUUACUGGCUGCAUGCUGCUUCACUCGUGCUGAUAAUUUUACAUAAUUUUCCCGCCUUCUUCUCAAUGUAUAAUAAAGACUGUACAUUGCUCAUCAGUAAAUGAGCGAAACGAAACAUUUUGUAACUGAUUAACUUAAUAAACUAAAA